UGUUUAAUCAUUUGAUUCAUGAUUUAGAGUCCUUAUUAGGUGUAGAUCGCUAUACUAUUAGUUUUAGUCACUCGUAGGAAGCUUGGUUGACAGGAACAAGGCAGGUCUUUUGUUGAUCAUAUGUAAGGAUGUUGAUGGGAUAUCUUUGUUGACCAUGAUGAUAAAAAGAUGCUUAAUCGUCCGAACAAUAAUUCAAGAGUCACUUUCAAUUGUAAAUUCAAGACAUCAAUUGAAGAUCGCAAUGUUUCGGCCAUUAUUUUAAUUGCUAAUAUUUGAGAAGCGAGAAGAUUCGUUGCACAUAGUAAAUCAAUCAAAACGGGUCCCGGAUAAUUCUCUUUGUUUGAAAUUUCCACGUCCGCAUCAAGGGUCACCCACAAACAACUAAAUGUAGAACGUUCAGCAUACCAGGAAACACGAAGUCGUCUAUGGUUAUAAGCGAACACACGUACACUCGCUGAAAAGUUAAAAAAACUGACAGAAAUCGUUUUAGGGGAAUCCCCCCUAAUCCCCAGACCCUACCUCGUUCCAGUCUUCCUCUACUGUCAUAAGUGCGAUCCGCGACAUCGAUUGCACCAUCACUUUCGCGUGCGCUUCUGUUAUUAGGAUCGCUAACUGAAUACAAAUAACUCGACUUGAAAAGAGUUUAAGUUACCACAGAUUUUCUCUGUCCAGCAAGAAGAAACCUAAAUUUCAGUAUCCAAGCGGGUUAGAAUGGGUUUCUCUCACAUGGUAUGAAGUGCGCCAUCGAGCUCAAGAUAACACUACUUUGGUUACUAUGGCUGCAGUCUCCGAUAAAAUGUGAACCCAUACCAUGUCCUCUGUCAAAAAACAUUGUACGGUAUAGUCCCAAUGGUGAAAUAGUGGACUGUGUUCCUUGUGCAAACUGUCCCAUUGGACAGGGAUUGUCAGUUCCUUGUGGAUCCAAGGUGUCAAAUGACUCAAAAAUUGAGUGUGUAUUUUGUGAACCUAACAAAACUUUCUCUGAUAAGCAUGGAAAAGGUCACUGCAAAACGUGUCAAGAUUGUGGUUUGAGGAAUAUGAUUAAGGAAUGCACAAUUAACCACAACCGUGAGUGUGGGAAAACAUGUCCUAAAGGAUAUGAAUUUGACAUUAACAUUGAUGACUGUGUGAAAGUGGAAUCAAUGAUGCCCACACCUACUACAACACAUUCCACAAAAACUGUUAAAUUGGAAACCAGUCGCAAAGAGAUAACUGAAACACAAUCUGAAACGGAAGUCUAUGAUGUUACCACCACUGCCUCAAGUCCUUCAGUUAAGGUCAAGAUAAACAGCAGUCAACCACUAAAAGAAAAUUAUGACUCUGCAAAUGUGUGGUCAACAAACAAAGUUCAGCCUGGACAGGACCACAAAACACUUUUAACAAUUAACUAUGUUUUGAUAGCUUUAGUUAUUGUGUUUGCUCCAACUAUCUUAGUGCUGGUGAUAGUGAUUGUCCACAAGAAAAGGCAAGAUCACAGUACUCCAAGAGAUGAGGAGUCAACAGAUAAUGCUGCAGAAAUUAUUCCACUGACUGAUAUUGGUGAAAGUGAGGGUUCAUCACAAGCCACAAAUAGUGGCUCUUCAACACAAGGUAUUUUAAACUUUGAAUUCCAUAUAGAAUAGGUUAGCAUUAUCUUACAAAAAGGAAAAAACAAAAACAAAAAGGAUUGCAUUAAUAAAAAGCAAUUACCAAUUGUUCUGUAAUUUUUUUCUUUACCUCAAGUUCUGGGGAUUGAAAGAGGGUAAGUUUCUAGUGAAAUUGCUGUGUUGCAUCGGUGGGAGAGUAUAACAGGGUAAUAAUAACAUCAAAUUAGUUCAUAAUGUAAAUUGGCCACCAUAAAGAGUUUAAAAGCUGACAUUUCAAGCAUUUAUAGCCCUUCAUCAGAUUGAUUGGAAGAAUUGUAGGUUGUGUGUGUUUAUAUAUGCAGAUAAUGGAGCUAUGCUAAUUGUGGGAAUAUGGUGAAGAGAAAGCAAGAAUAAAUUUUAGUUAAACUCUCUCGAACUAGAGAUUUAGUUUGUUACUCAGUAUAAUAAAAUUCUAUCAUGAUACCUCAUUUAGCAUAAACCAAGCAGCAACCAACCUUUGAUCAGCUAUCCAAACCUGGCCUCAUUUAAUUUUCAUGACUUGAAUUAGUAAUUUUACUUUAAAUCUAUAAGAUGUAUGUAUCACAUAUUGCUUUUAUACAAUUGACGUAGACAUUUGAACCAAAAAUUAUAUUUCAGUUCUCUAUCACAGUUCAACAAUUAUCAUUGUAUGACCAAAAAUUGUGGCUUUAUCAAUUCAUGCAGUUUAAAUGUUGACUUCUUAAACU